CAACAUUCAUUUCCCAGUCCUUUAUCAUUAGUGGAAUUAAUUUCUCAGAAUUGCAAAACGAUGUAAACUUGUUUCCCAUUUAACACCACAUAGUACAAAUUAUUGUGACAUAAUAGAUAUUGAUUCUGCGCAAAGGGAGAGAAAAAUACUUGUUUUUUAUACAAAUUGCAAAAGAAAAAAAAGGAAAAAUUUGCCAGAUACUAUAAGAUUUCUUGAUCAGUAAAGUGUGUGUUAUUUAAAUUAGAAGUCGAUUUUUUUUACUCACUUUUUUUUCAUUCCCAAAAAUGUUUAUUUUUAAAUAUUCGAGUUUUUUUUCAAAGUUGAUUUUUUAAUUUUACAAAAUAUGGAAUCUGAAACAGAGAAAAAAACAACUUCAUUUAUUCAUAUUAAUCCACGGAUGUUACCAAUUAGUGUUAUUUCAUCGACAGAAACUGAAAAUUCAUUAGCAAAAAAUGAAGAUGCGCGAACAGAGGAAGAGAUAGUGGAAUUAGCAAUCAAUGAAACUGGUUUCGGAAAAUUCAAUAUAAAAGUAACAGCAAUAUGCUUUUUAAUUUAUUUAAACAUAAGUUUAAGUACAGUAUGUACUGGAUUUGUACUUCCGGCUGCUGCAUGUGAUCUUCAAAUGACUACUGUUGAUAAAGGAUUAUUAAGCACUUCAUAUUUCAUAGGUUCUUGUUUUAGUUCACUGAUUUGCGGAUUUUUAGCUAAUUUAAAGGGUCGCAAAUGGAUUUUAAUAGUUUCAUUAUUUCUUCAAGGAAAUGCAGAUUUAUUGCAAUCAAUUGUGUCUAAUUACUGGACAAUAAUGGGAUUAAAAUUUAUUUCCGGCUUUGCUGGAACGGGACAAUUAAUUACUGUAUUUACAUAUUUAAGUGAAUGCAUUCCUAUGAAACAGAGAAAAUCUCUUUUAUCAUUGAUGGAAUUUUUUUGGAUUUCCGGCCAUGGUGUUGCGUCAGCCCUAGCAUUUGGUAUUAUUCCAUUGGAAUUUGAAUUUCAAAGACAAUUUUUUUCCUUUCGAUCAUGGAAUCUUUAUAUUCUGAUUUGUUCACUACCCGGAAUUAUUCUUGGUUUUUGGUUAAUUAGUUUUCCCGAGAGUCCAAAAUAUUUGGCAGAAAUGGGUUCUAAUGAAAAAUUACUUCAAGUUCUUAUCGAAAUGUAUGAACAAAAUUAUCGAAAGUCUGCAAGAGAAUACGUGGAAAAACUUAUGAACAGUGAAAAUACAUCAUUAAUAAAAUUGGUAAAUCGUUCGCGUGAGAAGACGGUGAUAGUAAAUAAAUUUUCAUUCUUUAAAGAAAAAUUAUUAAUGGAAUUAAAACAAACAAAGACAGUUUUAAAGUUACCAUUAUUGAAAAAUACUUGUUUCGCUUGUUUCACUGCAUUUUGUGUAACUGCUUCUUAUUUUGCAAUUUAUCUUUGGUUACCUGAAAUUUUCCAAAGAGUCGUUGAGUUUGAGGAUAAAAGUAAAUCUGAAACAUUAAGUUUUUGUGAUGUCUCACGUGAUCUUCAUCAUUCUAUGAAAAACAAGGAAAUAGAUCCAUUCCGUUGCAAUGGAACAGUGGAGACUAAAGUAUUCAUUUAUAAUUUAUUAUUGUGUGCAUCUUGUGUUCCUGCAAUUUUUCCAGUAUUAUUUUUAGUGGCUCGAUAUGGAUUCAAGAUUUUAUUAGCAAUCACUUGUCUUCUUUGCUCGGGUGUUGUUUUAGGUCUUUAUUUUGUUAAUUCUUCUCUACAAAUUUUAAUUCUUCUUUGCGUCUAUUUACCGUUGAUAUCAGUUUGCAUCACUAUCACAUUUGCACUAUUCGUUUCUAUUUUUCCAACGAAUCUCAGAUCAUCGGGAGUCACAUUAACGUCACUUUCUUCUCGAUUAGGAGCUUCAUUUGGCAAUAUUAUUUUUAGUUAUCUCAUAGAACAAUAUUGUUUCCAGUUUAUCAUUCUCAUAACUCUUCUACUUGUCGUUGCAGCGGUAUCAACAAUGAUAAUUCAUGAAAGAUGAAGUUCAUUAUUCGUAGAUGUACUGACAUAUUAAUUUUUUAAUUAUAAUUUGUAAAUGUGAAAUAUUUACAUAAUUUUAAAAUUGCGAUAUUAAAAAAAAAUCAUCUAAUCUAAUUUAGUUUGUACCGAAUUGUAAAUAGAAAAUUAAGAGAAUAUUGAAUAUUUUUUUGUAAUAUUUUGAAAAGAAUGAAAAAAAAAAUUAUAAAUUUUUAAGCUAUUGAAUUAGUAUAAUAAAUUAUG